ACCAAUUCACGUUAUGACAACACUCUUUACUCUAAUGGAAUGGUGUGCACUUCUCUGUUUUUGUCUACUUUCUCUUUCUCUUUCUCUCCGACGACUCUCAUUCUGGAGCCUCUUCAUAGCCACCUGCUCUUUCCCAUUCAUUAAACCAAAACCACCACUACCACCAUCAUCAUCAUCAAAAAGCAAAACCCAGAUCCACACAACAACAACAACAAUUUCUUUUUCUUUUUUUUUUUUUAUUUAUUUUAAAAAAUGGAUUCUCAAAAAGCUUCUGCUCUGUUUCAUGAUCUGUUCUGUAAACUCAUUGAUUUAGAAGGUCUGAGAAAGAGAAACAAAGGUUUUUAACUGUGGGUGAAGAAGUAAGCAUGAAAAAUCCACAGAUAAAAGGAAAAUAACAAUAAUAAUAAAAAAGGUUUUGUUUCAAAGGUCUCUUUCGAUAUGGUCCCUAUAAUUCAUGUUGCUUUCUUCUGCUUUCCUCUGUUUCUUCUGCCCUCUGUUUCAACUGACAUUAUAUGUCUGUCAUCACUUUCUCACGCCUUCCACCCUUUACUUAAUUAAUUUCUCACUAUAAACUUUGAAACCUUUUCGUUUUCCCAAAAAGUUAAGAAUUUUCUAACACCUUCCUUCUUCUCUCUGUUUCUUCCUUUUCACUUUUUUCUAAGAAGAAGAAACAGAAUAGAAGCCUUUUUCUUAGCUUCUACUGUUAUCUUCACGCCUAACUAAUCAUAAUCUAUUUAGCUUUGGCCUUUCUUUAUGUAUAUCUAUAUCUAUAUAUCUAUAUCUAUAUAUAUAAGUGUGUGUGUGUGUUUAUAUAUAGAGAGAUAGAUAGAUAGAUAUUGAUGUUGUUUGUGGUCCAUUUGGUUUGAACAAAACAGAGAGGUUGUUGUGAGAAAAGAAAUCCAUAUUCCAAAUACAUAUGGAAUGGAAUAAUGGAAAUAUAAGUUUUAGUUCUAACUUUGUUUCUCCACCACCACAAUCUUCUUCUUCCUCUGCAUUGCUUUACAACUACAGCUUCAACUGCAACUACAAUUUGGAUCACUUUCCUGUAGAGACAACGACACCGGUAGCAACCGGGGAAGGCGAGCAAAACAUGGCUGGAGCUGGAGUGGAUCAUCAAAAGAAGAAGAGGUUGAGUCAAGAUCAGUUGGAGGCAUUGGAGAGAAGCUUUCAAGAAGAAGUAAAGCUUGAUCCUGAUAGAAAAAUGAAGCUUUCAAAGGAACUUGGGCUUCAACCAAGGCAAAUAGCUGUGUGGUUUCAAAAUAGAAGAGCUCGUUGGAAGACUAAGCAACUUGAGCAUCUCUAUGAUACUCUCAAGCAACAAUUUGAUACUAUCUCUAAGGAAAAACACAACCUUCAACAAGAGGUGAUGAAAUUAAGAAGCAUGCUAAGAGAACAGACAACGAGGAACCAAGGGUCGAUGGCUCACACGGACGUCUCUGGGGAAGAGACGACGGUGGAGUGCACGUCGGUGGAGAUUCUGAGCUGUAACAAUUACAUGUACAAUGUGGAAGAUUUCAACCAAAUAUCAGCUUCAGCUCCUCCAUUCUGGUGGGGUGCUGAGGCUGCUCACUUGCCUUCUUAUCCUUAGGCUUCUCAUGGGGUACUUAAAUUUUAAUUAUUAGUUUGGGUUUAGAAAUUUGCAUCAACUUUUUUACUCUCUUAAUUAUGAUGUGAUAUGAUCUAGAGAAGACAUAUAUAGUUUGAUUUUAUGUGUGUUUGAAUAUUCUUGGUCACCCAUAUAAAAUUAACUUCACUUCCAAGGCUCAAUCACUGGAUGUGUUCUUUCCCUUUCUUGGAAAUUUUUUAUUGAGGAACAAAAACUUCUAAUU